AGGACUCUGAGUCCUCAUUGAGCCACUUCAAAGCCUGGGAAUGGGUCCCCUGGCCCCGCCCCCUGCAGGCUCCCCUUAAGAGGCCGGGACACCCCCUCUGGUCCCCUAAGCGCAGACGUCUCCCUCGACUCUCUCCCCAGUACACCUCUGGACUUACUGGACUGCUGACCUCCCGCCUAGCCGGUCUCCCCUGCCCACUGUCCGUCCUUCCUUCUUCCGUACCUGUGGAUUUUAAACUGCUUGCUCCCGACGUAUGAGCCCCGUCAGAAGGUGACUGGGCUGGUUAGACGCAAGGAACUUUGAUCAGGAUCUCGGCUUUCGUUCAUCUACUGCCGUUGGUCGCCCGGAGCAGUGAUGCAGUCCAUCAGAGGUAAGGGAUGAGCCCCGACAGGCUGGUUUCAGUUGUGCCGUUUCAGGCGUUUAUAGGGUACUGGGUAUUUGUGUUGGAACAACAGAAGCUUGAUGUCUGGUAGAGAAAGCAUUUUCAGAGAAACUGUUGAUGAUACCCACCUUCCGGGUUUCACUGUGACUCAGUUUCAGUGUGAAUGGAUCAGAGGCUUUGGCCAUUUCCCUGUUGAUACUCAAUGUCACAAAUCUCUCUGUCCUAAAACGAAGACCUGAAGCCCAACUUCAACAUCCCUCCUCCGCCGUCCAUGCCUGGCGGCCCAGAGCACUUCCACCAGGGCAGCAUCAAGAUGACCCUGGAGGACCCGGACCUCUGGAAGUCUUUCCAUGAAAUCGGCACAGAGAUGAUUAUCACCAAGCCCGGCAGGAGAAUGUUCCCACACUGCAAAGUCAACCUGUUUGGGUUGGUCCCCUAUGCCAAGUACAUCUUGUUGGUGGACAUGGUCCCAGUGGACAGCUUCAGGUAUAAGUGGAACAAGGACAAGUGGGAGGUGGCUGGGAAGGCGGAGCCGCAGCCCCCCUGCCGGACCUACCUGCACCCGGACUCCCCAGCCCCGGGCAGCCACUGGAUGAAGCAGCCUGUGUCCUUCCUCAAGCUCAAACUGACCAACAACACCCUGGACCAACAUGGCCAUAUCAUUCUGCACUCCAUGCACCGCUACCACCCCCGUUUCCACAUCGUCCAGGCGGAUGACCUGUACAGCGUCCGCUGGAGUGUCUUCCAGACCUUCACCUUCCCUGAGACCUCCUUCACUGCAGUCACGGCCUACCAGAACACCAAGAUCACGAAGCUGAAGAUUGACCACAACCCCUUCGCUAAGGGUUUCAGGGAUGAGGGCACCAACACAAAGCGACGUGCUAACAGAGGUCAGGCUGACCCCGAGAGAAUGGCCAAGAGAAUGCACACCAUGAAAACUGACCUCGAAAGCCCUGCAGACUUCCAGCGCUCCCCCUACGAGACGUACGAGGCCGAGCCCCCCAAGAGGAAGGAGGUGGAGGGGGUGAAGGAGGAGCGCUACUCCCCAUGGCCGGUGGCUGAGCGAGAGAACGGCCACAGCCUGCGCACGGCCGAGUCCCCGCUGGGGCCCGAGGGCAGAGACUUGUACAACGCAGAGCAGCUGGUGCCAGGGCAGACUGCCUACCCGCCAUACAGGUUCCAUGAAUAUGGCAAGUCCCCGUCGCCAUCCAACUCCAGCAUCGCCAGCAGCGCGGGCAGUUCAGGGAGGCCCAGCUUCGAGCUGUCCCGCCUCUCGGACGUAGCCACGGUUCCAGAACCUUCGUCCGUGGCCAGCGCCGUCCACAAGCCCCCCGCCGCUGAGCUGGUGCCCCUGGCCGCCUCGUGCCCUCCUCAUCCCCAGCCCGCCGUGGGCCACCAGGACUACACGGGCGUCCUCAACAUGGCCAUGGCUCAAGCGGCCGGCAAGCCGUCCGGCGUCCUGGGCCACCACCACCACCACCACCUGUACGGCCCGUACAGCGCCGAGCAGCACCUGGGCCAGUGGAGCGGCGUGGGCGCUCCCUCCGGUCAGUACCCGGCUCACCCGCCGCCGCCGCCGCCGCCGCACCUGCCCGCCGACUACGGCACGCAGGCCGCCGUGCACCACGGCUACCCCCACGGCCACUCGGCCGACUGGAGCCAGUACCCGCUCUUCUCCUACUCCUGCUGGUGAGCUGUGCCAGGCAGGCGGGCGGCCACAGUGGCACUGACUGGGUGAUCACCGCGAUGAAAGACGAUCGGUAGCUCAGGAGAGGAGAGGAGAGGACGGGCGAGCAGGCUGCAACUCUGGUGCUCUGCUGGGAGGACUCAGUCACAGCCCCCCUGUCUGUGUGUUCAAAAGAGCCCAACUCCCCUCGUCCCCACUCCACUCAUGCAUGCUGUUUUGCACUGAAAGAUUGAAGAAGCUGUGAGGAGGCGUGCCGACUACUGAAGGAGGAGAAAAAGGAGACUGUGUUUGUGGGAGAAAUAGGGAAUGAGAGAGCGAGAGAGAGAGAGUGUGUGUGUGUGUGUGUAUAUGUGUGAUAGCGGGAGAGAAGGAGAAAGAGAGAAUGUCCACAGGCUGAGAGGCCAAGAGCACCUUCUGUUUGAACACAGGCACAGAGAUGGCCUAGGCCUCCUCGUCAUCACGGAGAGACUGGAAUGAAGUGAGCAGCAGUGAAAUAAGACUCGCAUUGGUCCUCGUUCAGCUCUUCACUCUGAAUGUUGGUAUUGGGGAUUAUGACGUCUGCAGAAGGACUUCUGUUUGUAAUUCCUUGUUCCGUUACCGUGGGCCUGGGAAAAGUGCUUUGUUUUGACGUGUGUCUAUUUAUUUAGUGUUUGGUCUUAAUGUCCUUUGCUGCUUAAUAUUAUUUUUGUAAUAUAGAAAAGGGAAUAAAGCAUUUGUGUGAUGUCAAUGGAUGUACUAAAAUUGCUAUGUGAUUUACAGAUUUAAGAAGUGUUUGUGUCAUGAAUUAAAGUGUUUGUAACACAAUUGUAACGGGACACCUCUGAAGUUCCAAUUGCCUCAGAACAAUGAGGAAUAAACAGGAGUA